CGCUUUCAGGAAGUGCAGAAACUGUGAAGCUGUCAAAGCUGUCCCUGACUGAGAACAACAUCGAAAUCUAAAUUCUUUACUCUGAAUCCUCUCUCCUGGUGAUCCCUUCUCUUUCAUCAGGUGAUGGCAGAACCCAGAGUUUCCACCAUUGAUGGGAAACUAGCCCAGGAGUUUGCUAUUCCCUCCCACGUUGAAGAGGUCAAAGAUAAGAUGACUGAUUUUGCUAAGCGUCAUGCAGCAGAAGGUCGUAGGGUGGUUGUAAUCACGUCAGGAGGCACCAAAGUCCCCCUUGAGUCACGCACUGUUCGAUUCCUUGACAACUUCAGUAGUGGCAGGCGAGGAGCCUCUUCAGCAGAGUAUUUCAUCGAUGCUGGCUAUGCUGUCAUCUUCCUACACAGACAUCGCUCCCUCUACCCGUAUACACGCAUGUUGUCAAACAUUAACAUGAUGGAUGCCCUGCAGUUCAGCAGUGCAGGAGCUGCCAGUAACUCUGGAGAAGUGGUGGUCAACCAGCAGGUGCUUCCCAACAUCACCAAAGUACUGAAACGAUACCAGGAAGUGAAGGAAAGAAGACUUCUUCUGCCCAUUGAGUUCAGUGUGCUGUCAGAGUAUCUGCACCUCCUCAGAGCAGCAGCUCAGGCACUCAGCACAAUAGGAUCCAAGGCCAUGUUUUACUUGGCUGCAGCUGUGUCUGAUUUCUAUAUCCCAGCGUCUGAGAUGCCUGAACACAAAAUCCAGUCUUCAAAUGGACCUCUGCAACUCAGGUUGAAUAUGGUUCCCAAGAUACUUUCCCCUCUGGUUAAGGACUGGGCACCUCAGGCAUUUGUCAUAUCUUUCAAACUGGAGACUGAUGCAACCAUCCUGCUGGAAAAGGCUCAGCGGGCUUUGGACACCUACAGGCACCAGGCAGUGGUGGCCAAUGUACUGGACUCUAGGCGGGGUUAUGUAAUGGUGGUGACCCCGGAAACUCAGGCUGAGCUCAUCCUCACAGAAGACGAUGUAAAGAAUGACGUGGAAAUAGAGGAGAGGAUAGUGAGCAACCUGACAUCAGCACAUAAAAAGUUCAUUGACCAAUAAAUGGACUGACAGCUGGAGUCCCUUGCACUUCUGAUCACGUCUGUUCCUACAUGAAUCCCCAGCUUUAGUUUGGCUGUAUUCAUGUUUGCCUUUUCUGCUGAAAAUUACCAGUACGUUACCAGUAAAUUAUCAGUACGUUCUAUGGUUGCAUAACUUUAGUAAUAACUGUAGGAAUUAACACAUCUUGUCUCCCAUGUUCUGUAAAUGUUCUAAAACUGGGCCUCUAAAGAUGUUGUCUCUACAUCACCAAAAUAAUUGUUGAACAUUUUUUGAAUGUUUAUUAACAUUGCACAGUAAGUCAGACUACAAAAAACAUCAUUUCAGUCUCUUUAUACAAUGACAUGUAGUUAAAUGCUUCAACUGACAUGCUUUAAUACAGCGAUCACAUGUAAUAAACCUUUACAGGUACA